AUGCUCUGCACAGCAGACCUCGUCUUCUUGUUCGAAACAUCUCGUUUCCCAAUACGAAACUUGCUAUCCUUCUUCACAGCACGUCUCAUGACAGGCGAGCCACCACAACUAGUGCCACCAUCCUCGUCCUGGAACCGUCUCUUCAACUUGUGCGUGGCCGUCGACGGCGAUGGUGAUAUCGAUGCUGCCGAUGCCGUCGGAAUCACGCUGCACUCAUCAUCUCUCUUCUCUUCCUCAAACUUCGGUGUAAACCCCCACGAAAACGACAGACUCAUCUCUAUAACUCAACAGAUCGAAUGGAAGGGCAGCCAAAGCACACACCGUGAUCGCUGUGCCCCUAUUGAGCACCAUGGGCCCUGUAUUGCUGUCAAGUUCUAUUCCGAUGAGCUGCUGCUCGUGGGUAACGGCCCGCUGCUGAAAGUGUAUAACCACAUCACUGGUGAGGUGCUCACGUCGAAGAAGAUCUUCAAGAGAAACAAGAUCCACGGUAUCGUUUUCCAGAGAGACACCGUCGGCAUAUACGGUGCACGGUCGUUCUCGAUCCUCUCGAUGUCCCAGAUUCUGGAGGACGACGCGCUGUAUGAGGAGGAGAAGAUGGUGAACGACUGGAUCAUAGCUGGCGAGUUCUGCUCCAAGGGAUGGGAGCUAUACUUGCUCACGGCGCAUAACGUGGUUCUGAGCGUGGACUCAUACUCAAAGACACUGCAGUGGGAGCGCUCUGUCUUUGGAGAAAAGUCCAUCCUGUACUCUGGGUCUAUCAAGGUGCUAUCCCAGUGGGAAGUCAUGGUCAACGCCGGUACUGUGAUGGAUGGUAUCAUCAUUUGGGACUUGCAUAGACAGGAGGUUGUCCAUGCUCUGAAAGGCCACGAGGGAUCGAUAUUCAGUGUCCAAUCAAGUGCCGAGAACAAGUACAUAGUGUCCUGUUCGGACGACCGUUCGAUAAAGCUGUGGUCUGCGAAGACCGGCGAGUUGAAGUCAACAGCAUGGGGCCAUACUGCCAGAAUCUGGAAUUUGAAGUUCAUCGGCGACGAAGGUGUUGUCAGUGUUUCCGAGGAUUUAACCGCAAGAACCUGGAGAAUCACUGAAGACGAACAACUGGUCCCAGUCCACACCUACGAAUUGCACAAUGGUAGACAUAUCUGGGGGUUGGACGUCAAUGCAGAGGGCACCAUUGCAGCAACUGGUGGUAAUGAUGGAAGAGUCAGACUCAUCGACAUAACCGUGGAUAAGGUUGACAGAGAAAGUGAGACGUUCACGUUGGAACAGAUUGCCUCACAAUGUCAAGACGACUAUCAAGUCCAAAAGAAGGAAAUUGUGAAAGGAUUCUGGCAAUUGCAAUGUGGACUGGUGCUAAUCACCUCAUUCGGAGGCAUCUUCCAAUACAGAGAUGGUAAGUGGAGCUUCGUUGCUCAGAAGCCCGAGUUCAACAAUCUCACAUUGACAAAUGGCUUUACGAACCAGAAUGUCAUGACCUUCACUGGAAGCAAUGGCCAUACUGUGCUGAUGAAGUUCGAUCAAGAGGGUAAACUAAUUAAGGAGGAAGCGAUCCAUACCCCGGUGUCUAAAGUUAUCAACGUGCUGUCAGCAGUACAUGAGGAUGAUCUUUAUUUGCUGGUUGAGUCACCAAAUAAACAGGACAAGCUCACGUUAUAUGCCCUCAAAGACUCGCUUCAAGUGACAAGACAACUGCAAUUAACGAAGGCUCCAACGUUUGUUACAACGUGUUUUGAAGUGAGCUCGAAGUUGAUAUUCAUGGGCUUCCGUCUAAGUUCAUUGGGCAUUUACGACUUGGAAACGGGUGAGGAGCUCAAACUUAUCAAGAAGCUAUCUCUCAGUGAUACCAUCACUUCCAUAAGACUGCUACAAGAGACCGGAGACGAUGUCUUAUUGGCCAUCACGAACAGAGAUGGUCUCUAUGUCUAUUUGAGAUACAACAAGAGUUCUAAUGAACAUGUGUUCGUGCACACGAACAACAUCAGAAAGGGAUUUCUUGAAGGCUCUUUGACCGAUGUCGACAGUGACGACUUCAUCGUAUAUGGGUUCAAAUCGAGCUGGUUCUACAUAUACAACGAAUCUCGUGAUUUCGAAGUUGCGUAUGAGAACUGCGGUGGUGCUCAUCGCAUCUGGAAGCUGUUCCAUGACAGCAACGGUUAUAAGUUCGUGUACGUACGUGAUGGUUCGUUGCACAUACGCAAUGUUCCAAAGAGUCCUCUGCCAUUGGUCCUGAGUGAGGGAACCCAUGGCCGGGAGAUUAGAGACAUUGCCAUCAGACAAGGCUGUGAAAAGCUGCUGAACAUCACCGGUGCCGAGGACACCACCAUGAAACUGAGUACAAUGGAUAAGACCACAGGCCAAUUGAGAAACUACUGGACCGUCAGAAAGCACACAUCUGGUUUACAGAAGGUUAAGUUCUUGAGCGAAGACUUGGUGGCAUCGAGCUCUGCGAGGGAAGAGUUCUUCGUGUGGAGAAUUGACGAGCAGUUUAAAUAUCCAUUGAUUGCGCUUAUUGGAACGUUACAACCGUCAUCAACAAAUCCUGACCUGAGAAUCAUGGACUUCAGUCAUAAGUUUGUCUAUGAAGACGGCUCUGUUGUGGGUGUUUUCUUCGUGAACGUGUACUCCGACUCCACAAUCAAGUCAUUCUACUUCAACCUCUCUACAAACCAGUUCACGCCUGUGUUCUCUGGCCGUUAUAAGACGUCGUGUCUGUGGGAUGUCCGAAUCCUGUUCCAUGAUGAUAGCAUCUACAUCCUCGUUGGUGGAACAGAUGGCCACUUGUCUGUGUGGAACGUUACACAGCAGGUUCCAUUCACUCUUGCUGACGGACAAUUACAAUUACAGCAACUUGGAGAGACAAAGACCCUAAGCAAGUGGGACUGCCUUGUUCAGGUCCACCAAAAUGGUAUCAAAGAUUUAGAGGUUUUCCCGGACGAGCAGGGCUUCUCAGUCGUCACAGCUGGUGACGAUAAUGGCCUGGGCCUUGUGAAGUUCAUACUCAGCGACAGUGUUGUAGGCAAAGUAGUUGCAUUUGAAGCAUCUGCUGCGUCCUCUACAGUCACAUCGCUAUCUAAGAUCUCCGGCAAGAGAGUCGCUGCGAUCUCAGUCGAUCAGACCUCGAGACUAUGGAGCAUUGACGGUGAUAAACUUGAGCUGUGUGAUAGCUUGUACACCACAGUUGCAGAUACUGGUUCAUCUGAUGCUACAACCAUUGGUGGGAAGAACUACUUGCUUGUUGGAGGAAUCGGGCUGUCGCUCUGGGAGGUUGUCUGAUACAUAUAAGAUACUGCAAUACAUAGAUACUGCACUACAUAGAUACGAUCUGCGCUUACUGUGCC